CUCUCAACUCCAGUGAGCUGCUUGUCUCAAACCAUAGCUUCUGAAGAGUAAGGUGUGCUGCUUUUCAGCUUACAGCCAUGGCUCUUGGACCACUUUUCAGAGUUUCCUGGAUUUGUCUGUUGCUGUGUGACUUCACUGUAGGAUUACCAAUCACAAGAGAGUAUGGAUAUCCAUAUUAUGAAGACCCAAGUUACCAACAACCUGGUUCUGGUUCAGCCACAUCUCAACUAAACGCACAACUUGCUCCUGCGGUAGGGGGGCUUAUUAAUGGCGGCUCAACAGACUGGGUCCAGGAAAACCUUGAAAACCCACCUGAAUUUCCUUUAAGCUCCAACUACCCUCCGAUUUCUCCUGCAAAUUCUCAGCAAAGUCCUUCUACAGAUGGUAUGCCUGCUUAUCCAGCUGUGGUGUUUACUCGUGAAGCCACAUUUGAGCCUGCACCAUCUUCCACAUCCAAUGUUGUAAAGUUUCCAAGCGUUGAGUCGUGGCAGCCUAAGCCAGCAAGCAAUGGUUCUAGUUUGGCUAACCAGAACAUCAACCUUGGCUCCCGUGAAAGUGGCUCAAGGAACAUCCCUCAUCUUGUUUUUGAAGACGUCUUUCAAUAUCCAUCUGAGAAUAUUGACACUUCCAAUACUGCAGGAGGGUAUGGUCAAGCUGCGGGCCAGGGGACUUCAAGAGGAUCUGUUCCACCACCAAAAGGGCCCUCAUUCCCCAAAAACCCAGCAAAUGAAAGGGCCCAACAGGCAAAGCAAAAUUAUGGAAAGAUGCCAAAACCAGUUUCUCGCCCCAGAAAAGCGUUGGCUCCCCAGAGAGUGAGUGAACCAUUCGCUCAAAGCUAUAUAAGCCAGUCCAGAAACAGCUACCAGCGAGCAAAGUAUCGACAAUCCAACACCAGGUACUCUCCAAGGUCCAAAUGGUAACCAACAUGGAUUUUUGAAUUGGAAGUUGCAGAAUGUGAUGUCCUCCCAAAGAAACAAAAUAAAACUUUUUAAACUUUAAA